UACAUGUGGUAAGAGUGACGAAAGAAAUAAAUGGGAAAAACAGACUUCCGGUGUCGUCUGCUUUGUUAAAGACUGGAACAAGCGUUCAUUCUUUAUCCGCUUUUAUGACGAAAAGGAAAAAACAUUGGUAUGGGAAGUUGAUAUAAAACAAACUCGAGGCUUGCAAAUUACCACAAAUGACAACAUUCUUACCAUUACAGCUGCUGGUAACAAAAUUGUUUUUCUUGAUAACCAUGAGGGUGACAACUUUAAAAAGGUGUUGAUGGAAAAACUCAAAGUCAGACGAAAUCGUCGGAAUAUAAUUCGUACCAGUGUUGGGACAGGAACAUCUAUUGAAAGUGAAGAUACCGGGCCAACCAAGAAAUCAUCAGACAAAAGCAAGAGAAAACUUACAAAAGAAGAUAUUGGAAAGCCUACAAAUGUAAGACACAAGCAGGUUAUAGGCUGGAAUCCUGAUACUGGAUUACAUUUUAAUGAUUUAGAUCCAGAUAUGAGGUCACUGUUUGAGAAAAUUGGCAUUACAGAUCAUGACCACAUUGACAACGAAACAAUGAAGUUUAUUUAUGACUUUGUGGAAAAUCAUGGCGGAACGGAAGCCUUUGCAAAAGAAAAUAGAGAACAACAGAUGAAAAAGCAAGUACCCCCACCACCCAACAGGGCUGGGCCACCCCCGCCACCACCUUCUAGUUACAUCAACAGGGCUGGGCAACUACCGCCACCACCUCCAAGUAACAUAAACAGGACUGGGCCACCCCCGCCACCACCUCCUAGUAACACAAACAGGGCUGGGCCACCACCGCCACCACCUCCUAGUAACAUCAACAGGGCUGGGCCACCUCCGCCACCACCUCCUAGUAACAUCAACAGGGCUGGGCCACCUCCGCCACCACCUCCUAGUAAAACAAACAGGACUGGUCCACCCCCGCCACCACCUCCUAGUAACAUAAACAGGGCUGGUGCACCCCCGCCACCACUCCCAAGUAAAGCUGUACCUCCCCCUCCACCCAACAGGGCUGGGCAACCCCCGCCUUCAAACCCUAGUAAAGCUGUGUACCCUCCUCCACCCAACAGGGCUGGGUCACUCCCGCCGCCACCCCCUAGUAAAGUUGUACCUCCAUCCAACAGUAACAAAGAUAAGUUUGGGCUUCCUCCACCGCCCUCUAGAAAUACAUUUGAGCUUCCCCCGCCACCUCCUAGUAGAGCUGGGCAUCGUCUGUCAUCCCCUAGUAACACAGAUACAGAAGCUGCUGAUUCCUUACAAGAAACAAAUCAAGGAGCAACAGGUGAAAGUAACCCAAUCAAACAACAAAUAAUGCAGUUACUUCUCCAAAACCCUGCAGAGAUUACCGACUUUCUAUAUAAUAUUAUUGAUAAGCGAGGUGGCGUCGAAUUUAUCAAAGACAGUCUUGCACAACAAAUGAACAAGACUCAUACGGCACAAGAAAAUGAUCAACAACCACCUGAUUUUACCAUGCAAAACGUAUCUGAUAAUAUCAAUGACGAUGUUGAAGCUGCGAGUGAACCAUCAAAUAAAAGUGAAGUACCAGGUAGGAGAAAGACAUCUGAAGAUGUGACCAGACGAAGAAAUGCUGGGGAAGUUCCUGGUGUAACAAGAAAUCUCUCACCAGAUUAUGAAUUAAGCAGUGACACGUUUGAUGAUGACGAUGAUGAGUGGAAUGAUUUAAAUGAUAAAGUUGACCAAGAGUGAAGAUAUAGUUGGACAGUGAAAUACAUGACGUAUUUAUUGCUAAAAUUAAUGUAUUCAUUGUAUAUAGUGUACUUGAUUUACUAGUAUCACGUGGCGUCGCUCACUAUCUUAUGAUUAUAAACUUUCUUUAUUUAAAUACUGAAUUUCUGUUUUUAGUUUGUAAAAUUAUUUCAUUUUAAUCCCACAUUGCUCA